AUGAGCCCGCAAGCGGCUUGCAGGCUUCUCCUCGCGCUCUGCCUCACGUUUGGCGAGGCGCUGGCCAGCACCGCACCAGCGGAUGGCACGAGCUGCUCCGGGGAGGAGUGUGAGGCAGAAGCGGAGGUGCUGUUGCUGCAGCUCGGUGUUGCAUCCGCGGCCAAUGCCAGCGUCGCGGCCAAUGCCAGCGUCGCGGCCAACGCCAGUGUAGUCCCCGCGACGUCGCAGGCGAUGCAAGUUGCUGAGCCGAAGCUGCUCAUCAAGGAGGCGCCGGCCGCCCUCGGCGAGAGUGCGGCAAGGGCGGUGCUUCCUCUGGACCUGCUCUGGAAUGCGAUGGCAGAGGUGACUGUGGAGCGCGUGCGCCGCGGCCUCCUCGUUUGCAUGAUGGCCGUGGUCGCACAGCUCUUCGCCAUCAUGUGGUUGUCUUCCCGAAAAGCCAAGGACCCCGGCCCCGAGCCGCUGCCACGGGUCGAGCCCAGGAUGUACCAACGGACUGCCAGGCUUUCGGCAAACUGA